CUCAAAACCAGGCGCUCUCCCUCUUCCCCAAGCCACUCCUCUUUUUCUCUGUGAAUCUAUAAAUUGUCUCGAUGCCAAAACCACUGAAACCCCACCACUGCAAGCACCUUCUUUGAUUCUACUCAGUCUCAGUGAGGCAGUGCAAGCCAACCCAUCUUCAUGGUGUUCAAUUCAGUCUCUUCCCAACCCGAAACCAUACCCGAGCCCGACCCGAAACCAGAUUCCAUGGCCUCCACUGUGCCUUCCAAGUCUCUUGCCCACCAAGCCCAAAACCAUGGCCCCCCUUUGCCCCAGUUGAAAUGGGCCAUGAGCAACAACACCACCACCACCAAAAGCAACGAAAACAACAAGACCAGCACGAAAAGCAGCGGAAAUAACAACCUUUCUCUGCAACUGAGCAGCAACACCAAACUCGCACAGCUUGACCCGGUAGCUAAGCAGCCCGAGCCCAAGUCCUCCAAUGUCGAAAAAGAAGCCGACCCAAUUCCCGCCACGGAAGUGAUCGACGGCCCGGAGACCCAGAAGCCAAAAUCGACUGCUGAGGAUAAGAAAUCGAAGAUUUGCAUCCGGAUUCGGAGCAAAGAAAAGGCUGCUGUGGUGCCUGAGCCUGAACCUGAACCUGAACCGGAAAAUGAAAAAGAGAGCUCUGUUGCUGCUGCUUUAGCAGCGCUGGAGGAUGAAGAGACGAUUCAGAAGACUUGGAAUCUCAGGCCCAGGAGACCGGUGCCUAAGGCCAAUGGUCGUGCUGGUGCAUUGAAGACUGGUGCACCGCUGGUGCAGCAGAACAAAACCGAGGUGGCUGGGGGCUCUUCUAAAGCUGGAGGCAAAGGUGCUCAAAAGAAGGACAAUAAACUGAAUAUAUCGGUUUCUUUAACAAAAGAAGAGAUUGAGGAGGACAUUUUUAUUAUGACUGGAGCCAGGCCAACCAGGCGCCCAAAGAAGAGAGCUAAGAAUGUGCAGAAACAGCUUGAUCAUCUGUUUCCCGGGUUGUGGCUGAAUUCAGUAUCUACCAAUUCCUACCAGGUUCCUGAAACUCCAUUGAAGAGAAUUUGAAUAUGCUGCUUUCAGGAUUAGAUGGGAUGAGGCUGCUUUUAGUUAAAUGUUUGGCGGCGAUUUUGAAGACUUGUGAACUGCUCUAAACAUUUUGAACACAGAAGAUUGAGCGUACUGCAUUGUAAACGUGCUUGCACAAUCCUCAGGGUGCAUCUGGGCUUGCUUCCUAUGAAGAACUGACCUAGCUACCCAAUGUGGGUUUCUCCCUCCAAAGGCUGCAUCAGAGCCAGACACCUGUAACUUCAUGGGGGAGGCAACCCUGGCAUCCACAAUUUGGAGGUUAAUGACGCUAUAAGGCAGUAUAACAUUUAGAAUCCAGUUCAAGGGGUUUCUGCUGAGUGAGUUGAGCUGGAGCUGUUUGAGAUUGAGGAUUGCUGAUGUUAACGUGCAAUGCUGCAUGGUGUGAGCAAUCAGAGGCAAUAGUGAUCGGGUGGGUGUGUGUGUGGAGAUGAUAUUUGAGCUUUACUAUUGUCAGGCUGUGUGCAAUACUGUAUAAGUUUCAUUGCAGAGGCUGUGACAGUUUGGAGAGGGCUGGCUGAAGAUUGAGGUCGAGUCCAUUGUAACGUUCUCAUAGACGUCUGGAGCGGUCUGCAUAUGGAUGCCCAGUUGGAAUUCAGAGUGUAUGAAAAAGAGCAUCUUUAACAAAAUUGCUCAUAGGCGUAAUAAAGUUGUUCAUGAUGUAGUGGUAAAAAUAUUGUAAGCUCCUGGGUGGAUUGUAAAUCCUCCUUACUGGCUGGUUAAUGCCUCGAUUGAAGCUUGAAAUUGUACCAAAGCCUUCAUAUAUUUCCGUAUUUAAUGAACUCCUAUAGGUUUGCCAUUAGAAAAAAGCCAGAGAAUUUUAUAAGAGGUCGAGUUAGAUAAA